AUGUCGAGUACUACCGAAUCUCGUGACAGCCUGUCGUCCUUGUUCCGAAUCGAGCAACUUCGCGAUGACAACUGGCUCCCAUGGAAGCGCCGUACUAUGGCGAUCUUGAGGGAGCGCGGUGUCUUGAAAUAUGUCGAUGGAACAUCGGAGAAGCCGAAGCCGGCAAAUGCAACAACACCAACGGCAGGAGAAACGGCGGUGAUCACGAAAUGGGUUGAGGGCGAUCAAAAAGCCCAGACCGUUAUCGAGCUGCUGUUGAGCGACUCGCAGAUGAUACACAUUGCGGAUGCUACAAUGGCUGCGGAGAUGUGGAACCAAUUGAAGUUAGUAAAGGAGGCGAGUGGACAACUGGGGAUAAUGGCGUACCGAAGGAAAUUCUAUCGCACAGUUGCCACGGAAGGCAGCGAUAUCGCAGCGCAUAUCACGGAGCUCCGCCGGACACAGGAGCAGCUACACAUGAUGGGUAGCAAGGUGUCGGAUGACGAAUUUCGAACGAUCCUGAUCACAUCGUUACCGGAGUCUUGGGACCAGUUCACAUCUGCGUACCUGGGUGCAACAAGCCAGAAGGACAAGUUGCCGACAUCGCAUGAAUUGAUAGCCAUCUUGCUCGAAGAAUACCGGCGCCGGCGAGAGAAAGGCGGUGCCGACGAGUCUGCGCUGGCAGCACGCGGGCGGUGGACCCAGCCAAAGAAUACCGCACAGGGCGGAACGGACAGGAAGUCCGACGCGGAGUGCUGGAAUUGCCACAAGCGUGGACACACUCAACAUGAGUGUUGGUCGAAAGGUGGCAACAAGGCGGGUCAGGGACCGCGAAGUAAAAAAGAAGGCCGUGCGCAGGCGCACACGAACCAGGCACAGUCAACAAAUGACGUGCUGCGAGAUGUCGCGUUCCGCACAGACGAGGCAACCUGUGCCGGGCAACAAUUUAGUAACUAUGUGCCGCUUGAGGCCUCUUCGAUUGCCAGGAUCGGAGACCAGAGUGUGCGCGCUCUCGGGCGUGGCACUGUGGAAGUCAAUAGCAGGAUCAGAGGCAACACAUGUACUUUUUGCUUGAAAGAUGUCCUGUACGCACCGAAAGCGACAAAUAAUUUGGUGUCGCUGAGCCGCCUGGAUGAAGCGGGUGGACACUUUGAUGGCGGUGCCGGAGGAAUAAUGCUGCGAGAAAGCAGCGGCCACAUCAUCGCGCAAGGCCGAAAAGUCGGCCGAUUGUACUUGCUCAACAUGCGGGCCAAGGCUGCUAUGCCGAGUGAAGAGCACGCGAACAUUGCGCGCGACGAUAGCGACUCGUGGGAGUCGUGGCACCGGAGAUAUGGACACCUGGGAUUCACAGGGUUAGAGAAGCUCUACAAGGAAAACUUGGUGGAGGGACUCACCGUUGAUGAAAACUCGAUGCCACUGACACAGUGCGAAGCCUGCAUACAAGCUAAGCAGGCGCGUCGUGCAUACCCGAAGGAGGCGGAGGACCACUCCCAGAUGCCAGGCGAGUUGACGCAUAGUGACGUCUGGGGCCCCGCACGUGUAGUAUCGAUCGCCGGAUCGCGUUACUACAUAUCGUUCACGGACGACUGCACGCGGAGGUGCCAAGUCCUGUUCAUGAAACAUAAAAGUGAGGCUUUUGAAAAAUUGAAAGAAUACCUCACCUUUAUUGAACGACGCUUCGGGCACCUGCCGAAGAUCGUGCGUGUUGACAAUGGGUCCGAGUACAUCAAUAAAAACCUGAAAGGGUGGUGCCGUGAGAAAGGAAUUGAGCUGCAAACAACAGCACCAUACUCACCUUCGCAGAAUGGUGUAGCUGAGCGAUUUAAUCGCAUGCUAUUGGAGCUUGCUCGCGCAAUGUUGAUUGCGAGGAAGCUUCCAAACUUCCUCUGGGCGGAAGCUGUUGCAUACACAGCAUACCUGCGAAAUCGAGCGCCGACGAAAGCACUGCGCGGGAAAACUCCGGAAGAGGCGUGGACGGGCAAGAAGCCCAAUGUCGCGCACCUACGAGAAUUUGGGUCAGAUGUCUGGAUUCUGACGGAAGGCCAGAAUCUCUCGAAACUUGAGCCAAAGUCGAAGAAACACACCUUUGUAGGUUUUGCUGAUGGCCCGAAGGCCGUGCGCUACUACGAUGUGGGUGCGCGCUCGAUCCGAGUCUCGCGAAAUUUUGUAUUCGUGGAUGCCCCGAACCCAGCAAGCAAUGUUCCUGUACAUCAGCUUGAUGACAGUGACAGGCUGCCGCUUGAGGGGGAGUCAGGGGGAGCUGUCAAGCAGCAGCCUCCCACAUCUGCAUCAAAACCAGCAUCAGUACCUGUCAAAGCUGAUCAGUCUAACAAGAAACACGAUGGAAACUACAUUACAGAGGAAGACUUACCUCCCGAGAUACAGGAGAGCAUGCGAGAGCGACCGACAUUCUUGCCUGCACCCCCGAAGAUCCCUCUUCGUCGUACGACCCGCGCUACGCAGGACCACGACUAUCGAAGGAUGGAUAACCCCCGCGCGCAGCCCGCGAAGUCGCGCGAGCCGCCGGGAGUGCCGAAAGAGAACGCACCUGGUGAGAGUGCGAAAGUCGCCGUGACGCCCGAAGAAUUUGAAGAGAUCGCGCAGGCGCUGUAUGCGACAGCACUGGCAUCGGGCGACAGAACGGCGAGUGCGGGAGAUGAGCCGCGAAGCCUCGCGGAGGCCCAAGCCUCUCCGGAAUGGCCAGAAUGGGAAAAGGCUGUAAAAGCGGAAUAUGAUCAGUUGCAGGGCAUGGGGACUUGGGAGCUACAAGACUUACCAAAAGAUCGAAAUGCUGUGGGCUGCAAGUGGGUCUUCCAGAGGAAAACCAACAAGGAGGGUCAGGUUGUCAAGUACAAAGCCAGAUUGGUGGCACAGGGGUACUCACAGAUCCCAGGGAUGGAUUUCCUUGAAACCUUUGCCCCUGUAGUUCGUCUUGAGUCCAUCAGGGCCAUCCUAGCAUUAGCAGUAGUUAAUAACUGGGAAAUAGGCCAGAUGGAUGUUAAGGGAGCUUACCUGAAUGGAGACCUCCAGGAGGAGAUCUACAUGCGACAGCCAGAAGGCUUCGAUGACGGAAGUGGACGCGUUUGUCGACUCCGCAAGACGCUCUACGGACUAAAGCAGUCCGGGCGCGAAUGGAACUGCAAGCUGCAUCGCGAGCUGACGGAGCUCGGGUACAAGCGGCUGGAGGCAGAUCCAUGUGUAUACCUGCGGGAGCGAAAGGAAGGAGAAGUUCAGAUUAUCACGGUAUGGGUGGAUGACUUACUGUUAUUCACCAACUCUCCGAAGCUCAUGGAGGAGCUCAAGCGCGACCUGCAGGACCUCUUCGAAGUCACGGACCUUGGUGAGCCGCAGAAAAUUGUUGGGAUUGAAAUCGAGCGAGAUAGGGAAGCGGGAAAAAUCCAAAUCUCGCAACAGCACUACAUCGAGAGCAUUCUCAAGCGAUACCAGCUUGAGAACGCCAACGCUGUAGGGAUGCCGCUCGAUCCGAAUGUGGCGUUCACGGCAGAGGACGAGAACGAGGAGGCGGACGACCGUUUGGCGGGAGGUUACGCGUCGAUGGUGGGAUCGCUGAUGUACGCAGCAGUGGGAACAAGGCCAGAUAUUUCCUAUGCUGUGCAAACGCUGAGCAAAUAUACAGCGUGCCCACGACCUGUCCAUUGGACAGUGGCAAAACGCGUUCUACGGUACCUCGCAGGAACACGUGACUUGCACGUCACGUACACGCGACGCGAUUCGGACGCGCCGAACGGAAAUAUAAUAGGAGGAUAUACGGACGCGGAUUAUGCAUCAGAUCAUGACCGAAAAUCAGUCUCGGGUCAUGUCUUUUACUUGGGAGGUGGAGCCGUAGCAUGGAGUUCGAAGAAACAAACAACAACGGCAACAUCCUCGACAGAAGCCGAGUAUACAGCACUCGCGCACGCGACACGUCAAGCAAUAUGGCUGCGAAACUUACUGGCAGAACUCGGGUUUGCACAAGAAGAACCCACAGAAAUUUAUUGUGAUAACCAGGCAGCGAUCGCGAUAGCACGCGACCCGCAGUAUCACGCGCGGUCAAAGCACUUUGACGUGCAGAAUCAUUUCGUGCGCGAAAAGGUGGAAAAUGGUAUUAUUCAAUUGUGCUACUGUCCUACAGAUGAGAUGGUAGCAGAUGUAUUUACUAAGGCCCUACCCAAGCCUAAGCACCAAAAGUUCACAUUGGAACUUGGGAUGCUUCCGGCUUGA